AUGGCAGGCAAAGUAAUACCAACCCUGCCCAAUGCUGGAGGGGGGGGAAUUCUCAUGGACAGUGAACUCAUGGACUCACUCUCAUUUCUAGAUGUCUUGAGUGCAAAUGAGUUUGAAGGAGAGCAAAUCGACCCAGCAGUUGCUUUGGAGACUGAGUCAGAUUUUUACAAGGGAACCCCACCUAAAUGGAUGAACUUUUACCUGGCUGAUGAGAGGGCCUCUGAUAGCAGUGCCACGCCUACAGGAGAAGAACAUGACAUUGGAUUGAUCAGAAGAGAUGGUUAUGAAAAGCUGAGGGAACUCAUCAAGGUUCAGAGACAGGGCAGCUGGAGUGUAAACAGUAUUAAGCUGUCGCACCAGCCAGGCAGUGGAGGAACCACCCUGGCCAUGCAGAUACUCUGGGACCUGAGGAAAGAGCUCAGGUGUGCUGUUCUGGUCGACCCUUCUUCUGACAAGAAAGAUAUAGGCAAACAAGUCCAAAAAGACCCGCUGUCUGACACUAGGACUAUUGCCAAACAGGUGGUCAAACUUUUUGCAACCGGUGAUCCAGAAAACCAGAAUACAGUGCUUCUUUUGCAGGACAAUGAACACCUGAGGGACCCCUUACAGGACUUUCUCAUCAGAGAAAUAACAGAGCAAAAAAUCAGUGCUAAAUGCCCUGUGGUCAUCAUUCUACAAUGCAUACGCUCGGCCUAUAUCAUAGACGAUGAGGAGGAUGAGAGUAGAACUGAGGCAGAUUUACUCCUGAAAUCAAGUCUUUCUGACAAAGAGAAAACAAGCCUUGUUAGCACAGAAAAACAAAUACAGAGGCACCACAGAGACGAGAUGGGAAAGUUUCACAGCUUUAACAUAAUGCAACAUGAUUUCAAUGAAGAAUACAUGAGAAAAACAUUUUGUUCAGACGAGGGAAAAGAAAUCACCAAAUAUCUUCAGCAAAACAAAGCAUCCCGCAACACCAAACUCUUUGCAUUUUUAGCUCUGGUGAACUCCUAUGUUCCUGGCUCCUACCUCUUACAGUCACAGUGUGAGGCAUUCCUCAGUCAUCAAGACCCCUAUGGUGUGAACCUGUCAUUUCAGAAACGCAUGCAACCUUUCAGUGAUCUCAUAGUCACAUUCUCAAGACAUGGAGGAGAAGACAAGAGAGUCCGCAUAGCACACCCAGUUCUUGCACAUCAAUGUGUUCAGUUGCUGGCAGAUGCUGGUAUAGCUAGGAGCUCAGCAACACUGGACUUUCUGAAGUACUUAACCAGACAACAAAUUCAGCCAUCCUUGUUACUGUUCUUCAAAGACAUGUUAACUAAGAGAGAAACAACCUCAAAUGGCCAGGAGAUGUUUUCCAGGUUAAUUCUAGAUAUUGAGAAACAUGAAGGCAUUCCUGAAUGUGCAAAUGUGUUGAAAACCGCUUCAGAAACAUUCAAGCAUGACCCGUUCUACCCUCAAUCUCUUGCACGUUUUUACUACAUCAAAAUGUCUGAUUUUACAAGAGCUGAGAUUUGGGCUGAAAGAGCUAAAGAGAGAGUGCCCACCAACUCAUUCAUUGCUGAUACACUGGGACAAGUUCACAAGGACCAUUUGUGUAAACAAGUCAAUGGAAAAUCAGGUGAAAAAUCAGGGGCCAGAGACAUUUUGUUUUGGGCAGAGAAAGCCAUCAAGGCUUUCAAACAAGAGGAGGAGUUGGCUGAAAAGGAAACAGUGAAUCACAUGGAGGAUGACAGUCCAACAAAAAUGUAUCACACCUUCAACAACAGGGGAAUCUUUGGUUAUCUACAGGUUGCUAACAUUGUUUAUAAUUCCCUCACAAAUCUCAACCCAAAAUGGAGGAAAAUCCUUACCCAGGAAAUAUCAGCUGAACAUCUCUCGGUACUGUUUGAGGACAGAAAGCUCAUGAAGUACAAGACUUUCAUCACCAGCCUCAGAGUUGCGGUUGAAAAUAAAUUUUACAAUUUUUUUGAGAGUUACCUCACUUACUCUGAGCCCAGGAACUGGAAGGAUCAGCCAACAUACUUUCAGCGAGACAUUGUUGAUUGUUUUUGCAAGUAUACAAGUGCCCCCAGUCCAAAAGAGGACCUACCAUUAAAGACACUCAAAGAGAAAAUGGCCUCUACCUUUCCUGGCCUCUCCUCUCUCAAUCAAAAUGCCAGUGAGUCCAACUUGAGUAAAAUCACAGAGCUGUGGAAAAUAAUCAAUAAAGAAAACCCUGAUGAUGUUAACACUGCCUGUAAUUACAUCUUGGCCAACUUCAUCCAGAUCAAUGGGCCAGUGGCAUCUGCAGAACCCGCAACUCUACCACAACUUAGAACCAUUCUUCAGAAGUUCAUGGAGGAAGAAAAGACAAAACUUUGGACCCCAGAGUUUUACCUCCUUGUCCUCCUACUGUUUUGGCCCGAGGAGGCAAGAGAGGGGGAUGUCACCAAUGACAUUGAUCUUAACAAGUAUGUUGAGCGCAUGAAGCAGGCCUUUGACAACAAAUACAAGAAGUACCUACAAUCUAGGGAACUUGUGCCCUUGUUUUACCUGGGUAAAGGUGCUGGGUUGAAAAGACUUGUUCACAAAUCAAGCAUAGACAACAUCUGUGAGCGUCUGAAAAGGAAAUCAAGGACAGCCAAUAAAACAAGAGGCAGUGCAGAGAUCAGGGACACCUGGAUUCAGGAUCACCUUCUUCGUGUCAAAGGAGUGGUCAGAGUGUAUAAGGCAUUUGCCCGUAUGGCAGACAAAGAGAUUGAGAUUCGUCCUCAGAAACAGGCCAGUGUGUGGAAGGAUGGUUACAUCUCAUUUUACCUUGGCUUCGAUAUCAGUGGCCCUGUGGCUUUUGACAUAAAGUACACAAUAUACACAGUGGUAUCUGGAUCAAAUGUUCAGCAAAAAAUGAAAUAUGCCAUUGGAUCAGAGGGAACCAUAAUGGAAGAAUCAAAAACAUUACUUCGAGGUAAGUCAUACCUUGACUUGUAUUACAGUGGCUUGCGAAAGUACAUUUUACAUUUUUACAUUUUAGUAAUUUAGCAGACGCUCUUAUCCAUACUUAUAUAUAUUUUUUAAGUAUUCACCCCCCUUGGCAUUUUUCCUAUUUUGUUGCCUUACUACCUGGAAUUAAAAUGGAUUAUUAUUUUUUUUGGGGGGGGGGGGGGGGGGGGUGUUAUCAUUUGAUUUACACAACAUGCCUACCACUUUGAAGAUGCAAAACAUUUUUCCUUGUGAAACAAACAAGAAAUAAGACAAAAACACAGAAAACUUGAGCGUGCAUAACUAUUCACCCCCCCCAAAGUCAAUACUUUGUAGAGCCACCAUUUGCAGCAAUUACAGCUGCAAGUCUCUUGGGGUAUGUCUCUAUAAACUGGGAUUUUUGCCCAUUCUUCAAGGCAAAACUGCUCCAGCUCCUUCAAGUUGGAUGGGUUCCGCUGGUGUACAGCAAUCUUUAAGUCAUACCACAGAUUCUCAAUUGGAUUGAGGUCUGGGCUUUUAUUAGGCCAUUCCAAGACAUUUAAAUGUUUCCCCUUAAACCACUCAAGUGUUGCUUUAGCAGUAUGCUUAGGGUCAUUGUCCUGCUGGAGGGUAAACCUCCGUCCCAGUCUCAAAUCUCUGGAAGACUGAAACAGUUUUCCCUCAAGAAUUUCCCUGUUUUUAGCACCAUCCAUCAUUCCUUCAAUUCUGACCAGUUUCCCAGACCCUGCCAAUGAAAAACAUUUUUACAUUUUUUUUUUACAUUUUACAGCAGACGCUCUAAUCCAGAGCAAUUUACAGUUGGUGCAUACAUUAUUCUUUUUUUUUCAUACUGGCCCCCCGUGGGAAUCGAACCCACAACCCUGGCGUUGCAAACGCCAUGCUCUACCAACUGAGCUACCUCCCUGCCGGCCAUUCCCUCCCCUACCCUGGGCCAAUUGUGCGCCGCCCCAUUGGUCUCCCGGUUGCAGCCGGCUACACAGUGCCUUAGACCACUGCGCCACUCGGGAGGUUAAACAUCCCCCCAGCAUGAUGCUGCCACCACCAUGGAUGGUGUUCUCGGGGUGAUGAGAGGUGUUGGGUUUGCGCCAGACAUAGCAUUUUCCUUGAUGGCCAAAAAGCUCAAUUUUAGUCUCAUCUGACCAGAGUACCUUCUUCCAUAUGUUUGGGGAGUCUCCCACAUGCCUUUUGGUGAACACCAAAUGUGUUUGCAUAUUUUAUUCUUUAAGCCAGGGAUGUCAAACUCAUUCCAUGGAGGGCCUAGUGUCUGCAGGUUUUUGGUUUUUCCUUUCAAUUAAGCCCUAGACAACCAGGUGUGGGGAGUUCCUUACUAAUUAGUGACCUUAAUUCAUCAAUCAAGGACAAGGGAGGAGCGAAAACCCGCAGCCACUCGGCCCUCCGUGGAAUGAGUUUGACACAUGUGCUUUAAGCAAUGGCUUUUUUCUGCCCACUCUUCCGUAAAGCCCAGCUCUGUGGAGUGUACGGCUUAAAGUUGUCCUAUGGACAGAUACUCCAAUCUCCGCUGUGGAGCUUUGCAGCUCCUUCAGGGUUAACUUUGGUCUCUUUGUUGCCUCUCUGAUUAAUGCCCUCCUUGCCUAGUCCGUGAGUUUUGGUGGGCGGCCCUCUCUUGGCAGGUUUGUUGUGGUGCCAUAUUCUUUACAUUUUUUAAUAAUGGAUUUAAUGGCGCUCCGUGGGAUGUUCAAAGUUUCUGAUAUUUUUUUAUAACCCAACCCUGAUCUGUACUUUUCCACAACUUUGUCCCUGACCUGUUUGGAGAGAUCCUUGGUCUUCAUGGUAUCGCUUGCUUAGUGGUGCCCCUUGCUUAGUGGUGUUGCAGACUCUGGGGCCUUUCAGAACAGGUGUAUAUAUACUGAGAUCAUGUGACACUUAAAUUGCACACAGGUGGACUUCUGAAGGUAAUUGGUUGCACCAGAUCUUAUUUAGGGGCUUCAUAGCAAAGCGGUUGAAUACAUAUGCACGCACCACUUUUCCGUUAUUUAUUUUUUAGAAUAUUUAGAAACAAGUAGUUUUUUUCAUUUCAGUACACCAAUUUGGACUAUUUUGUGUAUGUCCAUUACAUGAAAUCCAAAUAAAAAUCCAUAUAAAUUGCAGGUUGAAACACAAAAAUAUUGGAAAAACUCCAAGGGGGAUGAAUACUUUUGCAAGGCACUGUAGAUCUAUUCCACAUGAUGGGGUCCCGUUUAAAUGUUAGUAAUGACUGUAAAACUUUAUGAAGUAAAUGUUUACCUGGUAAUGCGUGACUCCAACUUGUUCAUGUUGAAUUACCUAGACAUUGGGGGAAAAAUAAGUGACUUACUAAAAAAUUAAUAUACAGAUGGAUGUUAAUCUUAUUAUGUGGAGUGAAUAUCUCAAUUUAUAUUUAUGCUAGACAGUUAUUCAUUUGGUUUAAUUCAAAUAUACAAUGGUGUGUAUACUGUAUCCAUGGGUUUGUUUCUGAGAUACAGAUACCAGAUGGCUCCAAAUCCAAAACAAGUGAGAUAAUGUUGACCAUUGAUUCUUAUUUCAGGUUUUCCAAUGGUCUUUAAGUCUUCUAACCACAUUCCUGUAAGUAAGAUCAUCUAAACUUUGGUAUACUGACUGCACUGCAGGGUUGGGUUCAAUUCCCUUUUAAUUCAGUUAAUUCAGGAAGUAAACUGAAAUUCCAACUCCAAUACUCUCAAUACACAUUCCACGCUUGAACACUCCACGCCCUCUUCUUGUCAGCAAAACAGUUUCGGAUACGUCGUCAGGCAUUGCCAUCAGGAAGGUGAUGUCGUUAAACAUGGAUCAAAUUUGUUAAAAUUACUAAAUGACAUUAACAGCAUUUGAAAAAAGACAACAAUGAGACAAAUGGAGGAACAUUUUAAAACGAGUGUUUCCACAUCGCAUAAACACUACAAAGCUGAUGCUAGCUAGCUAGCCUCUUCCAUACACUUAACAUAGCUGGUUAGCUAGCUAGCAUCAAUGCCUUCUGGCUAACAUCAGACUGCAUCUUCCGUUGUUUAACAGAGAAAUACAGUUGAAGUUGGAGGUUUACAUACACCUUAGCCAAAUACAUUUUAAACUCAGUUUUUCACAAUUCCUGACAUUUAAUCCUAGUCAAAAUUCCCUGUCUUAGGUCAGUUAGGAUCACCACUUUAUUUUAAGAAUGUGAAAUGUCAGAAUAAUAGUAGAGAGAAUGAUUUAUUUCAGCUUUUAUUUCAUUCAUCACAUUCCCAGUGGGUCAGAAGUUUACAUACACUCAAUUAGUAUUUGGUAGAAUUGCCUUUAAAUUGUUUAACUUGAGUCAAACGUUUCGGGUAGCUUUCCACAAGCUUCCCACAAUAAGUUGGGUGAGUUUUGGACCAUUCCUCCUGACAGAGCUGGUGUAACUGAGUCAGGUUUGUAGGCCUCCUUGCUCGCACACGCCUUUUCAGUUCUGCCCACAAAUCUUCUAUAGGAUUGAGGUCAGGGCUUUGUGGCCACUCCAAUACCUUGACUUUGUUGUCCUUAAGCCAUUUUGCCACAACUUUGGAAGUAUGCUUGGGGUCUUUGUCCAUUUGGAAGACCCAUUUGCGACCAAGCUUUAACUUCCUGACUGAUGUCUUGAGAUGUUGCUUCAAAAUAUCCACAUAAUUUUCCUUCCUCAUGAUGCCAUCUAUUUUGUGAAGCGCACCAGUCCCUCCUGCAGCAAAGCACCCCCACAGCAUGAUGCUGCCACCCCCGUCCUUCACAGUUGGGAUGGUGUUCUUCGGCUUGCAAGCAACCCCCUUUUUCCUCCAAACAUAACGAUGGUCAUUAUGGCCAAACAGUUCUAUUUUUGUUUCAUCAGACCAGAGGACAUUGCUCAAAAAAGUACGAUCUUUGUCCCCAUGUGCAGUUGCAAACCGUAGUCUGGCUUUUUUAUGGCGGUUUUGGAGCAGUGGCUUCUUCCUUGCUGAUCGGCCUUUCAUGUUAUGUCGAUAUAGGACUCGUUAUACUGUGGAUAUAGAUACUUUUGUACCUGUUUCCUCCAGCAUCUUCACAAGGUCCUUUGCAAUUGUUCUGGGAUUGAUUUGCACUUUUCGCACCAAAGUAUGUUCAUCUCUAGGAGACAGAACGCGUCUCCUUCCUGAGCGGUAUGACGGCUACGUGGUCCCAUGGUGUUUAUACUUGCGUACUAUUGUUUGUACAGAUGAAUGUGGUACCUUCAGGCGUUUGGAAACUGCUCCCAAGGAUGAACCAGACUUGUGGAGGUCUACCAUUUUUUUUCUGAGGUCUUGGUUCUGAGAACGUUUUACUCUGGUUCCUUAUAAGUUAUCCUGGGAGGUUUUAUUAACACUCUGAGAACAGAAAUUAUAGGUUAUUUGAUGGUGUUUGAAUAUUGUAAAACUUCAAUUAAUAGCCUGGGCCUUUAUUUGCUUAAAUCACUGAACACAAUAGGCACUUAUUAGAGACAGGCUUUAUUUAAGCCAGUCAUAUACAGUGGGGAAAAAAAGUAUUUAGUCAGCCACAAAUUGUGCAAGUUCUCCCACUUAAAAAGGUUUAUGUACCAAGUAUUAAGUUCUGCUUUUCUGAUGUAUCAAAUACUUAUGUCAUGCAAUAAAAUGCAAAUUAAUUACUUAAAAAUCAUACAAUGUGAUUUUCUGGAUUUUUGUUUUAGAUUCCGUCUCUCACAGUUGAAGUGUACCUAUGAUAAAAAUUACAGACCUCUACAUGCUUUGUAAGUAGGAAAACCUGCAAAAUCGGCAGUGUAUCAAAUACUUGUUCUCCCCACUGUAUAUACAGUGGGGGAAAAAAGUAUUUAGUCAGCCACCAAUUGUGCAAGUUCUCCCACUUAAAAAGAUGAGAGAGGCCUGUAAUUUAAUUAAUAGGUACACGUCAACUAUGACAGACAAAUUGAGGAAAAAAAUCCAGAAAAUCACAUUGUAGGAUUUUUAAUGAAUUUAUUUGCAAAUUAUGGUGGAAAAUAAGUAUAUAGUCACCUACAAACAAGCAAGAUUUCUGGCUCUCACAGACCUGUAACUUCUUCUUUAAGAGGCUCCUCGUCGUGUUUGGAGGACAAAGAAUGCUGAGUUGCAUCCAAAGAACACCAUACCUACUGUGAAGCAUGGGGGUGGAAACAUCAUGCUUUGGGGCUGUUUUUCUGCAAAGGGACCAGGACGACUGAUCCGUGUAAAGGAAAGAAUGAAUGGGGCCAUGUAUCGUGAGAUUUUGAGUGAAAACGUCCUUCCAUCAGCAAGGGCAUUGAAGAUGAAACGUGGCUGGGUCUUUCAGCAUGACAAUGAUCCAAAAAAACACACCGCCCGGGCAACGAAGGAGUGGCUUCGUAAGAAGCAUUUCAAGAUCCUGGAGUGGCCUAGCCAGUCUCCAGAUCUCAACCCCAUAGAAAAUCUUUGGAGGGAGUUGAAAGUCUGUGUUGCCCAGCGACAGCCCCAAAACAUCACUGCUCUAGAGGAGAUCUGCAUGGAGGAAUGGGCCAAAAUACCAGCAACAGUGUGUGAAAACCUAUAAGUAUCUUUGCCAUGAAUAGGAGAAACCUGUAAUUAUAUUUGCUGACACCCUGCAGUGUCACCCGACACCAGUAAUCUAGCUACCUAGCUAUGUAAAACACGCCCCUCUGCGAACACACUUUCUGCCAUGUUGGUUACAAGGUGGUACUUAUUUAAAUGAGGUAAGAGAAUGAGACGUCACCAUUGGUGUAUUGAAAUAAGAGGCUCUAUGUGAUGUCAAAUAGAGCCCUUAUAAUCCUGCCUCCUGAAUCCAUGUUUUUGACAUGGGGCGAGUAACUUCAUGAUCAAAGGUUAUCAAUCUAGAAGCAACAGUUAUUUUUUAUACUUUGGUACAAAUUUGAUCAAUAUUUAGCGAAAACACUGACCGGAAGUCAAACCGCACAUAUCAAGUGGAACAGGAUGUGGGAGGAGCUAACAUUUGUAAAUAGUAUUAGGCCUAUUGCAUUGAAAAAUGUUCAUUUAAUGUUCAUUUACUUCCUGAAUUGACUGAAUUGAAAUGGAAUAGACCACCCGUGCUGCACUCCACAAUCAAUCAAACAAUACAUUUUUUUCUCAAGUUAUUUUUUUCUCAAAGUGCUUUACAAAAUCUAAGCCUAAACUCCAGGGAGAUCAAGCCAUUGCUAUAAACAAUUUGUUUGUCAGAGGAAGGCCUUUAGCAAACCUUUAGGGCUCAAUUCAAUCCGUUAAAGUCAAUGUUCUCGCAUUGUCGGAGACUGCAUUCACAGUACACGCUGCAUACGUCGGCUCAAUCAGAAAUUACCGUUACAUUUCAGUCACACUAUAACGCAUAACUUCCACCAUACGGAUUGAAUAGAGCCCUUAGAGCAGGGCUCUCCAACCCUGUUCUGGAGAGUUACCCUCCUGUAGGUUUUCACUCCAACCCUGUUCCUGCAGAGCUACCAUCCUGUAGGUUUUCACUCCAACCCUGUUCUGGAGAGCUACCAUCCUGUAGGUUUUCACUCCAACCCUGUUCCUGGAGAGCUACCAUCCUGUAGGUUUUCACUCCAACCCUGUUCCUGGAGAGCUACCGUCCUGUAGGUUUUCACUCCAACUCUGUUCGUGGAGAGCUACCGUCCUGUAGGUUUUCACUCCAACCCUAAUCUAGCGCACCUGAUUCUAAUAAUUUGCUUGUUGAUAAGCUGAAUCAGGUCAGUUACAACCGGGGUUGGAGCGAAAACCUACAGGAGGGUAGCUCUCCAGGAACAGGGUUGGAGAGCCCUGCAGAGUAACCAGACCCAUGUAGGGACCAAUAAUACAGCAUGAACACCAUGGCCAGAUAGUUGGUCUUAAAGACAAUCAAACUGCUCUCUAUCCAAUGGCUGACUCUGCGUCGUUGUGUUUUGUAUAAAUUGUAUAAGAGUUUGAUUAAUAAAAGUUGUAACCAUGGAUACAAUGACAGUCUAAAACAUAGGUGUGGAAAGUCUCUUAUUCCAAACAUUAACAUUUUUGUCAACGCUCUUAUCCAGAGCAACUUACAGUUAGUGAACACAUAUUUUUUUAUAUAUACUGGCCCCCGUGGGAAUCAAACCCACAACCCUGGCGUUGCAAACACCAUGCUCUAUCAACAGAGCAACAUCCCCUCUGUUGGACAAUGCUGGGCCAAAUGUGCGCCGCCCAUGAGCCUCCCGGUCGCGGGCAGCUGCGACAGAGCCUGGAUUCGAACCAGGAUCUCUAGUGGCACAGUUAGCACUGCGAUGCAGUGCCUUAGACCACUGCGCCACUCAGGAGUACAAGCAGAGGUAAGUAUUGUAGGUAGUGCAGCCUGUUGUUGACAACAUCAUCACUGCUUAGUAGAGAGAAUUUAGGCCUUAAAAUGUUGGCUGAUAUGUGUCCUUUUUCUAUUCCAGACCCCAACUCUUUUGACAGAACCUGAAUGGAAAACAAUCUAUCCACAAUGGACCAAAACCCAUUACAGGUUACCAUUUAUUAUCCAUGAAUACAUUUUUCACAUACUUAAAGGAGAAGGUUAGAAUUUUACAACCUGACGUUAGACGGUUCCUCACCCUGACAGAAGUCUAUAAGGCAGGAGAAACUGUAAUCCAUGGUUCAGUUUUGUCUAAACAGCCACUCAAUUGGAGUGAUAUGGCAUGUGCGCAAAUGUUCAAAACGUCAUGGCCAAAUCAACUCAAAUCAACUCCAUAUUUGGUUUGAUGUUAAUGAAGGUGGUUUGACCAUUAAAAAAACAUCCACACCGCUACUUGUUACUUCCAUUGAUUGUUAGCUGGUGGUUGAACUUAGCUGAUGUCUGUAGUAGCUAUUUUAUUUACAUUUUUUACAUUUUAGUCAUUUUAGCAGACGAUCUUAUCCAGAGCGACUUACAGUUAGUGAGUGCAUUCUUUUUUUUCUUUUUGUUUCAUACUUUAUUUAACCUUUUCCCAUUGAGACCAUGUCUCUUUUGCAAGGGAGCUUCACACAAACAAAAUGCAGCAGGGAACACAUAACAAGCAAUUAAUUCUACAACUACAACAAUAAAGGCAGUAUCAUAAAAAAAUACAACAAAAAAACAGCGAGCUCCAAAAGUAUUGGGACAGUGAAUUUUGUUGUUGUUGUUUCGGCUCUGUACUCCAGCGCUUUGGAUUUGAAAUGAUACAAUGACUAUGAGGUUCAAGUGCAGACUGUCAGAAAUUACAGCACUUUUUGUAUUAGUAUUAGUAUUAGGACAAAUUCACUCAUAUGUGUAUUAAAGUACACUGGACAAAAAUAUAAACGCAAAAUGCAACAAUUUCAAAUAUAUUUUACUGAGUUACAGUUCAUAUAAGGAAAUCAGUCAAUUUAAAUGUAUUUGGCCCUAGUCUAUGGAUUCCACAACUGGGAAUACAGAUAUGCAUCUGUUGGUCACACCAGAGCAUCCCAAACAUGCUCAAUGGGUGACAUGUCUGGUGAGUAUGCAGGCCAUGGAAGAACUGGGACAUUUUCAGUUUCCAGGAAUUGUAUACAGAUCCUUGCGACAUAGGGCCGUGCAUUAUCAUGCUGAAACAUGAGGUAAUGGCUGGCGGAUGAAUGGCACGACAAUGGGCCUCAGGAUCUCGUCACAGUGUAUCUCUGUGCCUUCAAAUUAACAGCGUUCAUAUAUAUUAUGUCGCCAUAGUCAAAGCGACAUCAUUUAAUUUAAAGAGAAAGAAAACCGAACAAUGGAUUAUAGUUUCUCCUGGCCCAUAGACUACUUUCUGGGUGAGGAACCAUCUAACAUGUUUAUUUAAAUGAGUGCCACCACUGUCCUGUGGCCCCCAGGCUCCAGUGCCCCCAUGCAGGCCUGUUCCAGUGCAGGUUGACAGGGCUGGUGUUUCAGAUGGAGGGGGAAGGGGAGGUGCUUUACAGGACUGUCCAAUGGGACGACAGUCUCCUGCACUCCACGGGCCGGACUCCUGCCGGACCCCUGUUCAGCAUUGAGUGUCUUCAGGGAGCUGUCCGUCAGUUACACCUCCCACACUGUGAGAUCACCUCUGGUGAGUUUUACGCUACUUCUUCAUCAAAGUUCUAAUGCCAACAUCCGUCCAAAUAGACAAUUGUAACACCCACAUAUUCUUGGGAUAGGGCAGAGUCAUUAAAGACUUCAACUGGGUACAUGGUAAGGAAACAGGUCACGCUAGACAGAAUUACAAAAAUAUUGUUAAUUACUAAGUAAUUAAGGUGUUACAGUUGCGUCAAGAAAGGGGUAAAUAUGAAAGCUCUAAUUGAAACAAACGACUUGACUACUACAGAAGUCCAUCAAACAGCAUUCUUAAAGUUGUUUAAGUUGUAGGGUUUAAGUCCACACGGAUUAAAUAGGAACGUCGCAGCACACAAUUUAGGGCCCUGUUCAAACAGAUCCGCUUAGAUCAGAUCCGCUUAGAUCAGAUCCGCUCCACAUAGCUGAUGUUUUAACGGUGUCGGAGGUGGAGCUGCUUUACAGCUGUCAAAUCCACAAGUGGCUCCCGGCAUUAUACAGUACCUAAAGCGGGCAUUGCCAUUGGCAGCACGGAGUCGCAUUAAGAGAAAUCCCACGCAGCCUUGUUUACAAGUUCUAACACUGGAAUGUGCGAUGUAAUCUACACCUUGAUUAAGCUGAUAGAAAUCCUAAUUAUUUUGUUCUGAACUUCUAACCCAAGUGCUCACCGAUUUGUCAGCUCCAAUGCAGUUCCACCUCCUGGCACCUCCAAAACAUCCGCUAUCGCCCGGUUAACGCUUGAUCUGAUUGGAUCUAGGACUUAGUUCAGUAGGUAGCAGUCAAGGUACAGCAAGCAGCACAGCACACAGUGAGAAGCCACACAAGCUACAAAGUGGGGCAACAAAUUGACUGAGGAUUCAGGCAAUUCUGUGUUUAAACCUACCACUUAAAACACAGAAUAAAAUACAAACAGUUCAAUAAAUAGGGUUGCACUUUACCUCGUUGGGAUCCAAGAUGCUACAACCAGAAACAAACAACACUUUACUUUAAUAAGCUUUACACAAACAAUACUCUAAAACACCUUUGACAGCAUGGUAGCUUGGAGUCCAGCAGUCUACCUCUCCUCUCCCUGAUCUGGCUGGGAUUCAAGCACCCAGAGACGCUUCAUCUUCUUCAUUGGUGGGGUUUUAGGGCUACAUUCUGAAAAGUUGUACCUGUAUUUAUGUACUCAGAAAACAAAAAGGGGGAAACUCAAAACAGAAAUGGGAAAAACUCAAACUUUUAACGUCCUCUAACGCCCGAAAAAACUACAUACAAAACAAAAACAUUAUCCUCAAUCAAUCAACUUUACUCGGAGCCCUACACAGAUCUGUGGACCUGAGAGGAUCCGAUUGCUCCUGCCAGUACUUCAUGCAGCCCUUCACCUGUUACAUCCCUCACUCCCAAGAAUGGUUCAGCUGCAGCUAGGAUGAUAGCGAUCCUUCCCGAGGUCUUAUCCACUCCUGUAGUGCUGUUUAUCAACCGUUGCAAUAAAUGCCAAAAAGGUUCACCUUUUUCAUGUUAAGGAUAUCUGAUAAGGGUUAUCACUCAUGUCCAUCCCUCUGAAAACAUUUGACAUGUCAUCAAAUGCUUAAAGGGAGGGGCACAGGUGUGCUUAAUCACCUCAUUAGCCUUGAAGUCAUUGGAAACACACAAAUCCCAGCGCACAAUGGUGACACUCAAAAUGGCUACCUAGUAGGGCAAUCUUCACCCUGUUACACAAUCAGCACAGUACACCAAUGAAGGUUUUCUCUAUUGCAGGGAAAGGCAUUGAUUCCUUAUCUGUGGCCCAUGUUACUGGUGACAGUGUGGAAGUUUUGCAGCCAGUGAGGGUGACUUACUCACAUGCGGUGGUGGACAUCACAGACCUCUCCUUAUGGGGCCUGGUCUCCUCCUACUUUUCAUCCUCGGUGGAAGGGCAAGUGCUGCUGUUCCACAAACCACAACUCCGGAAGCCAACUCUGAACGUACAUUUACUUCCAGUGAAUGUGCCCGUCACUGAGGUGCAAAAAACCUUACAUUCAGUAUAAGGACACUUUUGUUGCUAAAAUGAAUCUGAAAAUCACUUUAGGCGGUAAAAUUUGUCAGUUGGCUCUCCUCUGAUAAUCGAAGGAGCCUUAUUGAUGAUCAGCUCUUAUUCUGUUGCAGGUGGAGAGGGAACAGCGGGACUGCAAAUACAUUCAGAUCCCCUCCAACUGCCCGCUCACAUGUGGGGAAACAUACAAACUCUGCUGUGAUUCUGCUGAGAAAAAUAAGAUACAACCAUUGGUAAAAUAAAUCAUAUUUUUCCACGUUUUUUUUAGCAGACGUGUUCUGGAUCAUGUGAAUGUGACAUUGUCACACCAAGUUGCCAAAUAAAAAUGGUGUGUGAUUUUUGAAACGUGAGCUGUGCUGAUGCGUGUACUGAAUGCCAGCUGGUGGAGAAAUGAGGUUGACUUUACAUGUGUUUCAGGUGGAAAAGUUUCGCCGUGAGUACGGCCCCAACUACCACCCCACCUUCCAGGUGUUCCUGGAGGCAAGCACAGAGGAUGUGGAGAUUAGACUUCUGAAAAGAGGGGAUGAGGAGGUAUGGACACGUCAAGUGCCACUAAGAGGUAAGUUGCUAUUCAAACCCAUCCAGUCACCUUAUUACGUAACUUACUCUGUGGCUGUAAUACGUGUAUCUAUAGUGUGGAUCAUCUACGCGUAAACGUAGAACGGAUCUUCCAUCACAAAUACAUGUUUGGCAAAAUGUAUCUCUUACUUUACCCUGCCUCCCAGAUAUUGUGUUGGUCGGUGGGCUGGAGGACCGUGCUGUGGAGCAGCUGCGUUCCGUGCGGUGUAACGGUGGGCUGGAGGUCCGUGCUGUGGAUCAGCUGCGUUCCGUGCGGUGUAAGUUUGUGGAAAAAGUGUCAGAGCCUACUAUUAAAGGUCUCCUGGACGGGCUCCUGCAUAAGAAAGUGAUCAAUGAUUACGAAAAAGACUCAGUAAAGGUGAUAGCUGAGAGGGCAGACAAGGCACGUGACAUCAUCGACAUGGUGCUGCAUAAAGGACCCAAUGCAUGUUUGACUAUGAAAACACUUCUGUGUGAAUUAGACCAAUACUUAUGCUCAGAACUGGGUUUGAGAUAGAACAUUGUUGGAGUAUGAGACACCCUGUUGAGUAGACCAAUGGCCCGGCAUGAGUCUAGGCAAACAGCUACAGAUGUAAGAUCUUAAUUUGAUCACCCUGUUGCAGAACUUUCUUGAAGUGUAUUUGAUGUUUAGAAAGGCUUCUAAAGUUUGUAAUUUCCAAAUUUCAGACUUGAUUUUACCUUAUGAAAAAUGCAUUAACCAAUACAAAAAUGUCCAUUAAUUGUCCAUUAAUAUAAUAUGUCCACAUAAUAUUUCACAUUUCCUGUUGCUGCUGGAUUAUUUUCCUGCUAUAGGAGACUGGCUCAAAUUAAGAUCCUACAUCUGUACACAGAGAUAUCAUCACCCUGACUCGCAGAAUAUCACUUCACAUUCAACACUGUACUGAGACAAAGCUCUGUUAACAAUGUUCCUUUGGAUCAUGUUUAAGAACAGUCCCCUGAAGCUCAGUUGGUAGAGCAUGGCGCUUGCAACGCCAGGGUUGUGAGUUCCUUUCCCACGGGGGGGGCCAGUAUGAAAAUGUAUGCACUCACUAACUGUAAGUCGCUCUGGAUAAGAGCGUCUGCUAAAUGACUAAAAUGUAAACAUGUAAGAACGCCUGCUAAAUGGUUAAAGUAUACAUAAAAAAAAAAAAAGUUGGAACUGUUGCAUUGUUGGAAGUGUUUAACAAAAUGUACAAAUUGUAAAAAAUCAACAUGGAAGCUGUCAAAAUGAACAGUUGGUCAUUAGCUGUUUACCAACUCCAUGCGAGACAGUGCAUGCUAACGCUAGAGAAACUUGAAAAAUGAGAGUUUCAACAUGGACUCAACACGCGAUUCUGUCUGGCGGCCAUUUUGUACAUUGUUCUAUUCCAGCCAACCUAAAUGAACCACAUUUUAAAGGAAAAAUUGUUUUAUUGUUAUUAUAUUAAUAUUGAUAUUGUGUUAAUUUUUUUGUGAAUUGGAGGCCUGCAUGAAAAUGUUGUUUUAUCUUCUUACAAUAGAUCCUAGUUUUUAGUGUUUGAUAUAGUACGUUUAUGAAUGUUCUCUCACAUGCUGUGAAUAAAAAUUAAAGAUAUUGUCUUAGUAUCAUGUGGGCUGGACAUGACUGAGUGCAAGACACUGGACAAAUCAAUCAAUCAAAUCAUACUGUAUACUGUAUGUUUAUGAUGUUUGCUAUGUUACCCACCCUUAUGAUCCGUAAUGUACAAGGUAUUGGUAAAAUGAUGUGUCUCUGAAUAUACUGGUUUAUUGUACCAGUAGAUUAUGUGUUUCUUUGACAUCGUAACACAGUAACAACAAAGACCCUGUGUUGACCAGUGGUUCUUGAGAGCAACAAGUAAUGUUCCCUCUAAACUGUGCGUGGACGAGCAGCUCCCCCGGGACUGAAGAAAUAUCAGCCUGUGCAGAAGAAAUAUCAGCGCGAAGAGAGGGAACCAGCCAGGGUACCAGCCAGGGGACCAGCCAGGGGACCAGCCAGGGGACCAGCCAGGGGACCAGUGAGGGAACCAGCCAGGGGACCAGUGAGGGAACCAGCCAGGAGACCAGUGAGGGAACCAGCCAGGGGACCAGUGAGGGAACCAGCCAGGGGCCCCAGCCAGGGGACCAGUGAGGGAACCAGCCAGGGGACCAGCCAGGGUACCAGUGAGGGAACCAGCCAGGGGACCAGUGAGGGAACCAGCCAGGGGACCAGUGAGGGAACCAGCCAGGGGACCAGCCAGGGAACCAGCCAGGGGACCAGUGAGGGAACCAGCCAGGGGACCAGUGAGGGAACCAGCCAGGGGACCAGCCAGGGGACCAGCCAGGGGACCAGCCAGGGUAGAGCAGGGCCAAGAAAGAGGCAGAGCAGCAAUUGGCUAUUUGAUUAUUUUAAGGCAGGGAGGGAGGAGAAGAGAUAUAAGGAGACAGUGAAGAGGAAAACAGGGACAGAGCAGCUGAUGGGCAAAUUGAGAGAUUUAUUUCUUUUUAUAUUUUUGAGAGAUGAGAACAAGUGA